AUGAAGAGAGAGGCGGCACGGAGUGUCCAGAGAUCAUUUAAGAAACAAAUUGGGGAGACCUGUCAGCAUUUUUCUCGCCUACAGCCCUGGAUGAAUGACACUGAGGACUUCCCAUUCCUAGAUUCUGCACUGCAGAAGCAGGCAAUGGAUACGAAGAAAAGGAAGAAUUUGAAGAAAAAAGUGGAGUGGAAGAAGGAGAAGCAGCAGAAGCUCAUGGAAAAGUCAGAAGACCCAGAGCAGUCAGGUGCCGAGCACCCAGCCUCACUGCGGCAGUGCCUGGGGCCUGACUGUGUGCACCCCACCCGGCCAGGCUCCAAGUACUGCUCGGAUGACUGUGGCAUGAAGCUGGCAGCUGCCCGCAUCUAUGCGAUCCUGCCCAAGCGCAUCCAGCAGUGGCAGAAGAGCCCUUGCAUUGCUGAGGAGCAUGGCAAGAAAAUGCUCGAGCGCAUCCACCGUGAGCAGCAGGACACCCACACCCGCCUGAAGGACUUAGAGUGCCAUUUCCAUGAACUUGAGGCCAUCAUUCAGCGUGGCAAGCAGCAGGCUGUGUGCAAAGAUGAAGAGAGUGACAAGCAUGGCAGGAACAGCGUCAACCUGCAGAUCUUCUGUGUCUCCUGCGGGCAACCCAUCAAUACGCAGGUUGCCCUGCGCCACAUGGAGCGCUGCUUCGCCAAGUAUGAGCGCAAAUCGCCCUUCACGUCCAUGUACCCCACUCGCAUUGAGGGAGCCACAAGGCUCUUCUGUGAUGUUUACGACCCACGGAGUAAGAGGUACUGUAAGCGACUCCAGGUGUUAUGCCCUGAGCACUCGAAGGACCCCAAGGUACCGGAUGAAGAAGUGUGCGGUUGCCCACUAGUGAAAAACGUCUUUGAGCCCACCGGUAAUUUCUGUUGCCUCCCCAAACGCUUGUGCAAUCACCACUACUGCUGGGAGAAGCUGAGACGUGCCGAGGUGGACCUAGAGCGCGUGCGCAUGUUGCUCAAGCUGGAAGAGCUGGUUGAGCAGGAGCACAAGGUGCGCACAGCCAUGAAGAAUCGGGCAGGGCUGCUGGCCCUGAUGCUUCAUCAGACAACCCAGCAUGACCCGCUCACCACUGACCUACGCUCCAGAGUAGACAGCUGAGCUCUGCUCAGCUGAGGUCCUGUACUCAACACCCUGUGCAAGGGAGACACUCUACGAAUUCCUCACACACCUGUUCCUCUAACAUCUUUCUCAGGGCAUCUCAGAGUUUCUCUGCGCUUCUCUGUUCCCCAUUUAGUCUCCUGUCUCGGUCUACGCCUCCUUGAGGUGGGGUGGUCCUCAAAAUCCCCCUCUUUCUGUCCGUUCCUGUAUCCUCCGUCUCUUUCUUUCCUGAAUCUGGGCCAGGAGAUCUGCCCUGCCCUCAUCUCCCACCAUCCAGAGUUUUGUUUAAAAACUUUAGAACAAGAGAUUUUAAUAUCCUCUGGUGGCCCCUAAGCCGUUCUCUCUGGCCACAAACCCAAUUCCGAACCUCCAGUGGUGGUGGGUGACAGUGCAGCUUUACUUGGGGGGUGGGCUACAGUGCACGUUUGGGGGUGCCUGUGAUGCCCACUGUGCUCGGUGCAUCCUCUUCUGUCAACGGAGAUGUGAUCUUAUGAAGGGAAUGCCAGUGACUCUUGUUCUCCUAAGUCCCCCAUCCCAGUCCAUCAAAUAUGUAGUUGGCACCUGAUCAGUGUCCCUUGACCAACUUCUGUAUAAUUGUUAAUAUUCCCCAGGCCAGAGGUGCUGGGGAAACGUUGCAAUGGAGGGAAUAGGUGAGUGUGGGAUAGUCCUCCUUGGUGAUUCCACUUUGGGACACUGAGGAGAGUUCAGGGUGUCAUAGCAAUUAUGUCCCUGCCCCCACUCACCUUGUUCCACCCUUUACCAUACCACGAGGUCCUGGCCUUUUCUGUCAGCCUUGGCCCCUGCCAGUCCAGUCCUGGUCUAUCUGUCUCCCCCACAAACCUGCCCAUCCUGUCCUGUCCUCCUCCUCCCACUACCCUGCCCUGGGUCUGCCCUUUCCAGCUGGCUCUGCCCAUUUCAAGCCUAUAGGGUUGCCGGAAGAGGACUGGGACCUCUGCCACAUCUGCCUUUGCCAGCCCCAGCCAGGCCU